UUGCCUAGGUGAGCCGAGCAGAGGCUGGUGUUGUGCCGCUGCUAUGAGCUGCACCAUCGAGAAGAUACUGACAGACGCCAAGACGCUGCUGGAGAGACUGCGGGAGCACGAUGCGGCCGCCGAGUCGCUGGUGGACCAGUCGGCGGCGCUGCACCGGAGGGUGGCCGCUAUGCGGGAGGCGGGGACAGCGCUUCCGGAUCAGUAUCAAGAGGAUGCAUCCGAUAUGAAGGACAUGUCCAAAUACAAACCUCACAUUCUCCUGUCCCAAGAGAACACACAGAUUAGAGACUUGCAACAGGAAAACAGAGAACUGUGGGUUUCCUUGGAGGAACACCAGGAUGCUUUGGAACUCAUCAUGAGCAAGUAUCGGAAACAGAUGUUGCAGUUAAUGGUUGCUAAAAAAGCAGUAGAUGCUGAACCAGUCCUAAAAGCUCACCAGUCCCACUCAGCAGAAAUUGAGAGUCAGAUUGACAGAAUCUGUGAAAUGGGAGAAGUUAUGAGGAAAGCAGUUCAGGUGGAUGAUGACCAGUUUUGUAAGAUUCAGGAAAAACUAGCCCAGUUAGAGCUUGAAAAUAAGGAACUUCGAGAAUUAUUGUCCAUCAGCAGUGAGUCUCUUCAGGUCAGAAAGGAAAACACAGUGGCUACUGCUUCCCAAGCCAUCAAAUAACUGAACUUCUACGUGAUGGCUGGAUUGUCUAUCAAGGAAAGAAGUUCUUAGCUUUCCAUUUGAGUAUUGUCUAUUCAUUGUCUUGCCUCAGACUUAAUUUAGUGUUGAUUAAAGGUAUCAAGUGGCAGUUUAGAAUUCCCAGUCAGGAUUGGCUGUCCACAAAACACUUUUCGGGUGUGUUAGUGAGUAUACGUGCUGAGUUUCACCAUUCCUUUCUCCAAGAGACUACUUUUAAUUUUCAUUUCUGGGACCUCUAUUUAUAUAAACUGUGCUUUUAGUUCAUUUUUGUUUUUCACAGCUCUGAAACUUUGAGAAUUUUAUUAUAAACCAGCAAUUUUAUUUUAUGUAGGAUUGUAAAAUACACUUCUAAGAAUUUUAAAAAUAGAUUCAACUUUUUAAAUCUAUUUGGCAUAAGCCUGGAUUCUUUUUUCCAUUUGACAAAAGUAAUACAAUUCCACAGAACUGGAUCAGUAGAUUGUCUGAUUUGUAAUGUAAUUCACCUGUGAAGUUUUAAGUCUCUCUGGUGCUAAGAGUUGGCACUUAGUGGCCUAGUGUCUUUACUCUUAAUUUGAGAGAAGCUACCAUUAGUCCCCAGAAAAUGUACUUGGAAAUAAGUCAACUAUUUUUUUCUCAAUGAUAGGAUAGUUGUAUUUUUCAAAGAACACUGAAGAACUUGUCCUUUGUGUAUGUACGCACACGUGUGUGCUUAGUUCAGAUACUAAAAGUAGCUUUUAUUUAUUAAAUAUAAGUAGUUAAUUUUUCAGUUUUGUCCUACUAGGAAAUCUUUAACUUAGGUAGUUUACCCUGUGUGAAGAGCAUAUCAUAAAUUUAUUCACAUCAUAGUUCUUAGGUACUACAUUAUACUAUUUAAUUUAUAUAAAAUUUCCAUUUUAUAGUUAAGAACCAUCACUUACUUGGAUGUCUUUUAUUACUAGUACUAGUAGUUGGCUUUGUUUUAGAUCCAUUUUUCACACGGAAGCAGUUUUAUUAGCUAAUGAGAGUUAUUACAUUCAUAAUGCUAUGUAGGCAACAAGAAAGCAAAACUAAUAUUCAGAUGCUGGGUGGUCAGAUAGGUUCACUCAUCAACUCAGUCCUCUGUAUCAGUUUACUCAUAUUUCAAGUUUAUAAAUUACUUCAUGUUAUACUAUCUAUUUAGGCUUGCCCAAAAAUAGUUGAAAUAAUGAAUGCUAAACCUGCCAAUGUUUUCCAAUAACAUUAAGCCACCAUACUGUAUGGGGGAGAGACAGUGUUAAAAAGAGUUUUUUGUUAGUGCUUUGUGUGAUGUAAAAUUUCUUUUGUACUGCUAUAUAGAAUUGGCUGUCCAGUUAGGUCAGUUGGUUAGAGCACAGCCUUGUAACACCAGGGUCAAAGAUUUGGUUCCCCAUACCCACCAGCUGCCAAAAAAAAAAAAACUACAGUUAAAAUAACAAUCUCUUCAAGAUGUCCUAAAAGCAUCUGAUCCAAAUGAUACCAUUGGACUUCGCCUAGAGUAGUGGGCGUUAACAGUAUAUGUCAUCUUAGAAUUUGUCAAAUUUCUUUUUAGUGUUCUACAUAGAUUUGACUGAAAAAAAGCAUUUCCACCCCCAAGUGUGAACAUUUUUAUUUUGUUUCCCAAGAGUAAGUAAACUUUUAGUCCAGCCAUUUGUCUUGAAGUAUGCCCUAAGUGUGUCCCACGGGUCUUUUCAAGAGGCAGGUACCCUAUUACCAGUUGUCAGCUGCCAUGGACAGGUUUCAUUGAAAAUGAUGAAGUAAUCAAAUGGCCCAUUAACAUAUAAUAUGGUAUCCCUUUAUCUGCCCUUUGCUCCUUUAGAGCUGUUUAUAAAGUUUUUUUACAUCUCAGAUAUCAGGAUAAAUCUAUGUUAACUUUUCCGCCUGGGAAAUCAAAAGCUUGCAUCUAAAGAGCUUUCAGUGCCCUGUGCAAUAUAAGUUCUGGCUGGUGUUAAUUAUAUAAAGAUGGUGUAUAGUUUUGUAGUGGAUGAAGGAACUUGACUGGUUUGCAAAAUCUUAGUACAAAGUUAUCUUUUCUAAUAAAAACCUCAUGUUGAAAAAAUUAGCUAAUUUUACUUAGUCAAGUCUAAUUAGGAAGUGCAGAAGGUUUUUUUCACAUGCACAUAGCAACCUUGUCAAGUAAUCACAAAAAAGAUUUCAUAAAUAAUUUGUAAUUCGCACAAUAUAUUCAGCAGUGUCCUCUACAAAUAGUACCCUGUACUAAUAAGGUAUUAAUUACAUCAGUACCUAAUGCAUAAUUCAGUUCAAACAUUGAAGGUCUAUUUCAGUAUUCUUCAAAAUGUGGCUCACUGACCUACCAUAAUAGAAAUUUGGGGAUGGGAUCCAGGAAUUUGUGUUUUAAUAAUCAUCCCAGAUAACUUUUAAGGACACUAGUUUACAAAUGUCUAGUCUAUGUGCCGAGCACUUCAUUAGGAGUUAUGAAUAGAAAAAUGAAAAGAAAAAAGGCGUUGACAGUUUUCAAAGAAAAGUCUGGUAGGGGAGAUAAGCCAAGUAUACAUAUAAGUAUAACACAGUCUGAUA